GUCGCGGUUCGCGCGCAUCGUGUCCCCGUCCUCAAAUAUCGACAGUGACACUAACGCAGUAAUGAGUGAACGUAAAACGUAAACAUACAGCCAACCAAAAUAUGCUGCCAGACCUCCAUUAAAAUAAAAGAAGAAGAAAAAAGAAUAAAAGGAGAAGAGAGUGUGCAGUGUGCUCAUUUAUGAAACACUACGGGAUUUUCUUUCGAGAUUCUCGCAACAUGUACUGCAGAGAAUGAUGGUGUCGCAGCAGAGAUACUGGAAUAAAUAUCGUAAAUACAAAUUCAAAGAGGCCAAUGACCGACAACUGAUCGGAUUAAACUGAGAUUAUAUAAAUGCUGGACUGCCAGCUCUAAUGUAUGAACAUAGUGUAUUUUAUACAUAUAAGAUAGCUAGAAUGAUUAACAAAAUAAUAAUCAAACUAAGACGCCGGCGGAUAUUAACAUGCGUCCUCUUGGUGAUUCUCUGUGGCUACGUAGUGCUACAGACACUGUCCCCAGACCUUUACUUUAUUCACUGGGAUCCUUUAGAAGAUAUAUCGUGCCAUUACAUAGACCUAGACAAUAGUUUACCACGAGCAGAGAGCGAGGAGUUUCAACCGCCAUCCCACUCAAUAUUCUUUCACGAAACGUCUUGUAAAGGUGACUUGGAUUCACGGCAAGCAUGUGCCGUAGAAUCCGCGGCCCGCGCUCACCCUGGAUGGCAGAUAAAUGUUCUAUUCGCUGCUCCUGUGCAUAAAAACACUUUGAGAAACGGAAGUCUAUCAGUAUUAAGUAACUUUACAAAUAUUAGAUUAUCUAGAGUGCAUAUAACAAAUUACGCUAAAAGAACUCCUUUGGAGAGUAUGGUUUCUGGUGGUGCGUUGAACAGGACACGGUGGCGUAUAUCGCAUACAUCUGAUGUGCUGCGGUAUCUGUCUUUAUACAAGUUUGGGGGGGUGUAUUUGGACUUGGAUGUGGUGGUGGCGAAGGCGCUGGACCCGCUGGUGAGGAACUGGGCGGCGAGGGAGACGGAUACGGCGGUGGCUGCUGGGGCCCUGGCGUUCUCGAGAGACGAGCUUGGGAGGAGCGUUGCUGAGGCGGCCAUCAGGGAUAUGAAGAACAACUACAGAGGCGACGUGUGGGGCUACAACGGCCCUGGUGUGAUCACGCGCAUCCUCAAACAGCAGUGCUCGACCAGCAACCUCAGCCAAAUGUCCGCCGCUACUUGCAACGGUUUCGAGGUGUACGGUCCCCAGUUCUUCUACCCGGUGGCAUACUGGAAAGGCUGGGAAUACUUCGAGCCGGGCGAAAUAAAGUUAGAAGACACCGCUUACAUUUUCCACGUGUGGAACAAACUGACAGGUCACCUCGCAGUACAUAAGGACUCUCCUUAUGCUAAAUUGGCAAGGAAAUACUGCCCCAGCAUUUAUAAUUUAUAUGGCAAGGACUUUUUACUACCUGUCCAGAAGUAAGAGUAAUCAUCAGGAAUCAAAGGUGUUAGAGCAAGCUAACAUGGCAGCGAUUUCGCUAGCACAGACUGUGCAAGUGUUAUUUUAAAAGCGAUAGUUUCAUAGAAGUUUGACGUUUAUGAUACCACUCCCACGCUCUGACUGACUGUCUAUACCUACUCGUCUCUUUACAGUAUUAAACGCAUACAAAAGAUAUUGAAUUUCAUUAGUGGAUUCUUCCUUUCAUGAUAAUUAAAAGAUAUUAAUUAUUAUUUUUAUAUCUUAAUAUAAAGAUUAGGUAAUACAAAUUACAUGAUUUAUUUAUAUUCUUGCGUGAAAUUAUUUCAUUUAAAAUUACCUUUUACACAUUAAACAGAUAAAUUCUUAGGACUAUCAUAUCAGUAUUGGCUUAUCUAAACUGAGGAUAUUUAGUCAAGUCCCAAUACCUAAAUAGUAAAUAUACAUUUUCCGUUUUACCUACCUAUCAAUGAUAACGUAUUAUUUACCUACCGAAAAUGUACUUAGGUACGGGGUAGAUUAGAUUAGAUAGGUACCUAAUCAUGUCCGAACGUAUGGAAAUUUACACAUACUUAAAAAUCUACACACUUAACUUCAUUUUUACAGUAACAUA